UAUUAUGAAAAUGCGUCAUAGUUACAUUGUAGAGAGAUAUGCAUAGAAAGGUGGUAAAUCAAAACAAUGAAAGCAAUUAAACUGUUAGUAAACAAGUAUUAUUAUAUUUUUGAGUACAUCUUGAAUAUUAGAAAAACUCGAAUAUGAAUGAAUUGACACUUCACAUGAGUGACAUUUAUUAAGCAAUUCUUAGUAACUAUGAAAAAGAGGUUAUGUUGUGUUUCGUACAACUUUAAACGUUAUUUAUAUCAUUAAUAUUAUUUUCUACAUAUUGUUUUUUGUUGAAUUAAUUUCUUUUUAUUAAACAAGUCUGAUCAAUUCAAUGCAGUUUUAUACAUGCAAAUAAAUAUAAAUUCUACAUAUUUUUUUCUAAAAGAUUAAAUAAAAAAAAAAAAAAAAGAAAAAAAAAUGUACACUUUAAGAUCUCUCUUUCAUGUUCGAUCAAAUAAAACUUUGUUGAACAAAAGCAUGUAUUUAAUGCAUAAAAAAAUAGACUCAGCAAUAUGUAAUGUUUUAUGUAAAUUCAAACAUACUACAGAAGUAUUAGAAUUUAUUGAAACCGAAGAAGAGCAUGAAUUAUACAAAGAAAUUUCUAAUCAGUAUCUUGGAGUAAUAGCUGGAGGGCAUAAAGUUUUUUUAUUGCAACCAUAUAUAAAAUGGGGUAAAGAUAAGAAAAAGAAUACUACACCAGAAUUGCAAAUGGCUGAAUCAGUAGCACUCGUAGAGAGUUUACCAUAUUGGACUGUAAUAGAUAAAACAUUUGCUCCAUUACUGUCAUUUCAAAAAAAAUAUUUAUUGGGUUCAGGUGGACUUAAUAAUCUUGUGAAACAAAUUAAAAAAAACAAACAAAUUACAGCUAUAUUUAUUAGCAUAAAUUUAUUAAAACAUGUACAAAGAAUGGAACUUCAAAAUGUUUUAGGUUUGCCUAUUUAUGAUCGAUAUUCAAUAAUCAUACAUAUAUUUCGUGAACAUGCUAAAACUCCUGAAGCACAAUUACAGGUAGCUUUGGCUGAAUUGCCAUAUAUUUGGAAGAAAAUGGGUGAAGUUUAUGAUCAACACAGUGGUCAAAUCAAUUUUGAUGAAAAUAGGAAAAAAUUGUUGAAAGCACGUGAAUCCAAGCUGAAAAAGGCAUUAGAGAAAUUGAAGGAAAAUAAAAAAGACAGUAGGAAUCGGAGAAAAAAAUUUGGUUUUCCAAGUAUAACUGUAAUUGGAUAUACAAAUGCUGGAAAAUCAUCUUUAAUAAAAAUAUUAUCAGAAGAUGAAAGCUUAAAACCAAGAAAUCAAUUGUUUGCCACAUUGGACACAAUUUCUUACGAAGGGUUACUUCCAUGUAGACAGAAGGUGUUAUAUGUGGAUACAAUAGGUUUUAUUCAAGAUGUACCAGAAAUGUUACUAGCACCAUUUAUAGUUACUCUUGAAGAUGCUAUAAUCUCUGAUGUUAUUGUACAUGUUUUUGAUAUUAGUCAUCCUGACAUGAAGGCACAAUUUCAACAUGUAGAAAAAAUAAUAAAACCUAUGUUAAAUGAAAACCAAUCAAUAAUAUAUGUGGCUAAUAAAUGUGAUCUUAUUGAUAAGGUUGACAUAGAUGAAAAUACAAUUGCUAUUUCCUGUAAAGAUUUAACAGGUAUUGAUGAAUUAAAAUUAAAAUUAGAACAAGAAAUUUUCAAAGUAACAGGUAGGUCAGUUAAACGUAUUAGAGUAAAAUCUGGAAGUUUAGCAUCAACGUGGUUAUAUAAAUGGACAACGGUAUUAAAUUUAGAACCGGACGCUAAUGAUCCUCAAUAUAUGUUUAUCGAUGUUAUAGCUACUGAUUUAACAAUUAAUGAAUUUAAGCGAUUUUUGAAAGAAUAAAAUUCGAUUACGGUAAUGCAAAUUUUUUCUUGCAAUAUUUAAAAAAAAAAAAAUUAAUAGUAUAUACGUAACUAUAUAGUAUAUAUAUUUAAAUAAUAAUAUUUAGUUCUAUCGAUAGGUAUUUGUUAUCAAAAGAUCAUCUUUUUUUACGACUCAUUCGUAACACAUGCAUAGCACGUGUCUUCCGUCCGGCGGUUUCUUCUAAAGAACAGAUGUAUGGUACACAUGAGAGAGAAAGAGAGAGAGAGAGAGAGAGAGAGAGAGAGAGAGAGAGAGAGAGAGAGAGAGAGAGAGAGAGAGAGAGAGAGAGAGAGAGAGAUCUAAAAUAUCGAAUCAACAAAUCUAUUCGUUGAAAAGAAUUAAUUCGAGAAAUUUAUUAAUCACUUUUAAUUUAGGAUCAUUAAAUUCAUAAUCGCUUAAUAAUAUAAAAACGAAGGAGAAAGUUCUAAAGCAACUGUUAUCGUUGGAAAAUUUGUUUUGGUUUAUUAUUAUUUUCAUCGAAUAAUGAAAUAUGUGGAUAUCGAAAGAGUAAUAAAAGCUCGAAGAGAGCAUCGGAAACGCUUUGAUCGAAUUACCACAAUGCGUAGCAUCUAUCACAAACGUAUCCUGUUCGUUGUAGGAACGAUAAAAGGGAAUAAUAUCGAUUAUAUAAUCUAUACGUGAUGUCCAGUGUAAAAUAUGCGAGCCGAUGUUAUAUCGUUCGAUUUUUCUUCUUUUUAAAUUCUCUUCCCGACUACCGUUUACUUUGUAGUCAAAGAAGUGACAUUUCGCGAUUAAAAACCUCUUCAAUAAUACGCUUUUAUAUUUCUUUUUAGGAAUCGUUCUAUACUCUUACAGUAGCACAGCCGUUAUCGAUUUUAUUUCAUAAAUUAAGCGCAUUUAAAAGGGACCAAUAAAAAACAAGCGAUAAAUUUUCUACGAAUGUAACAUCAGUAUUUCUCUCAUAUAUGUAAAUGUCUGUUUUCUUGAUUUACAACACAACGAGAGAUAGACGUUUCUUUAAUCUAAAUACCAGACUAGGAAGAGAAAUGAUAUAUUUUAUUCUAUGAAGUAUACAUACAUAUAUACGUAUGUAUAUAGGAUCUAUCGAAAUGAAUAUAAUGUUAAUCUAUAAAAUUUCUUUUUAUUUUUUCUUUUCUUUUUUUUUUUUUUUUAUAAGAUAAAAAACUUUCAUAGCGAUUUUUAUUCAACUUUUUAUUCAAAAUUUAAUUAAUCGACAUGUUAAAAGACAUUUUGAUAUAUCCCAUUAAUAUAAUAAACAAGAUCAUUUAUCUCUAUAAAAAUUUCUUCGUUUGAGAUAGGAAAAUGAAAAUCUAUUCGGUCGACAUGACGAAAAGAUACUAGAGGAAGAGAGGGAGAGAGAGAGAGAAAGAGAAAGAUAAACGAAAAUCCGGUGAAGAGUGAACGAGAUAAGGAAAGUUCGUUACACUUGGCUCAGUCUACCAAGAGCGUUUGAUAUACGAGCCUUGGCAGAGGACUCGUACGAACAACGAGUUCUCCGAUCGUGAGUAAGUAGGUACCACCAAAGCUUUCAAGCUCUAACCAUUAGAUCGUAUCGUGGAAUUUGAUAAACAAUCGAGCCACCUUCUGGAUCUUCUUCCCGACGCGUAAAAAUACGUAACCGUGCCCCUUAAUCUGUUAACUGUAUUCGUCGCAAGUAUACUCGUUGCGAAGAGAUGGCAAUUUUUUUUGUGUUAUGAAGUUAUGCCAAAAGAAAUUACCUUUUAUCAAUAUUUUAAAUUAAAAUUUUAUUGCUAACUAUGUAUAUUCGUAAAUUUUAUGAUAUUUUAUUUAUGUUUGGGGAAAUAAAAAGCCAUAAAAAAAAUUUUUUUAAUUCAUUUGAAAACAAAAAUAUUGCACAGCUUGAUAGAUAAAAUAUUUAGAAAAAGUCUAGCAAAAUGAACACGGAGAAAUUGUCAUAAUUCCAACAUUUACUGUCAUUCAUUACUAAAUAAUUUUCAUUCGUUGAAAUAGCUAUCUGUUGUAUUUUAGAUCUUUGCCUCCCUCGUUCGAGAAUUGUACAGGGGAUAGAAUAGGACAGAUUUGUGUUUUCUUCAUGAUAUUUAUGAGUUCAAGCAAUAAAAUUAUUAAUCUUUUAAAAAAUCAAUCACUAUUUUUAAAUAAUUUCAUUCAAUUGUACAGUGGUUAUAUAUAUUUUGUGUUUGAUCAGUAAAUUCGUCAUCUCUUAAUUUUUGUCACAUAACUUAUAUAUACGCUUUUAAAAUAAAUUUAUACGGUUAACAGGUUAAAAUAAAAAAUAUAUCUCCAUUUAUAGAGAGAUAUAUCAGUUUAUAUGUCUUAUUAUUUUUAAAAAAAUCAAUUGAAUAUAAUCCGAACUUUUUCUCUCUUUUUCUCUCUCUCUCUUUCUCUCUCGUUUGAAAUUUCGUUUUCUCUCUUCAAUUUUCAGGGUAAUUUUUAUAAUCGGAAGAGAUCAUCAAAUAAAUUAGGGUAAAGUUUAUUUGAUUAUCUAACGUAUAUAUAUAUACACACAUACACACACACACACACAUACACACACAUGCUAGACAUGUUAGACAACUUAAACAAGCUGAGAAGAUCAGAAGAAAAUCACGAGUUUUAGGGCAUAGAGAGAAAGCGACGAUAUCGGCAGGACAGGAAACGAGGGACUAUAAUUAAUUGCACCGGGGUCGUCGUUUAAACGUCGUUAAUUUUCAUUAUCUCGAUUGGUAUUCGCUUUUCGCAGUCCGUGUCUUGCUUUGGAACGCCACUAAUUCAGAGCUUCGUCCCGAUUACGUAGGUAGGAACCAUCGCAUUAAUAAUUCCGGCUGUCCUUGCAAAAUUUGUCAGCAAACUGUCUUUCUCACUCUCAUUCUCUCUCUCUCUCUCUUUCUCUCUCUCUCUCUCUCUCUUACUCUCACACAAAUACAUUCUCUCGCUCUCUCUCUCUCUCUCAUAUCCUUUCCGUAGCAAGGUUCACCUCGGAGCCUGGAGCGAGUGGCGAGCGACAACGUUAAUGUCGAGGUACACAGGAGCCAAACUCGGCCUCCGACGCAUUUCCAGCCGUGCAAGGACUAUGACGAUGCACUUUGCAUGUUGCCUGGAUUAUUAAAGCAAAGCGAGUGAAACCUAAUUAUCGUGUACGCUACGACCUGUAACCAUCCUUCUCUCUCUCUCCCUUUUUCUCUUGCACUCUCUCCCUCUCUUACUCUCCCAGCCUCUUUCUCUCUCUCUCUCUCUCUCUCUCUCUCUUUCUCUCUCUCUCUCUCUCUCUCCCUCUCUCUCUCUCUCUCUAUUCUUCUAUUUUCUCUAGCCUUGGCCGAACGGUUAAUUUUCAUCGCUUUCAUACUGUUUAUCGACGGUAACAACCUAACAACUAUGCGUUAUCGUCGUUGUUGUCUUGACAAUCUAUCGGAUGAUUGUUCUAUACUUUGUUACUUCUUUUUCUUUCUUUUCUUCAUUGUUUUCAUCUUGAUCGAAAUCUAAAAGAGAAGAUAACAUGUACGUGUUCACAUGACCUAUAUAACAGAAGACAUAUGUAGAUAUGCUUCCGACGUUAAUAAAUAUUCACUCGAGAAGAAUCAGCUGACCGAUCGGAAAAUGGAAGAAAUUACGAUGUGACACACGUAGAAUAAAUUUCAUUGAGAGUUUGAGACGCAUGCUCGAACGUUAUCCGGAUAUUCAUGAAUAUCCGGAUAUUCGAGUUGUCGAAUAAUAUCUACUUUCAUACCUACCUACCUACCUACCUACCUACCUACCUACCUACCUACCUACUAGUUCUAUCUUUGAUCUUUCGGAGUCGCUAACGAUCCGGCCUUGAACAAUCCUAUUUUCGACAUAUGUACGUACGUCUUUCUCUCUCUGGAUCGUCGAUCACGAAGUCUAUCCAAUGUUAGAUAUCACAUUGAAGGAUCUUUAGCACUGCCGUGCUAACCGUUCGGAUUCCAAAGUUCUACCGCUAGAAAAUCGAUCGAAUCGGAAGGUAGGUAUAGAUGUAUGUAGGUAGAUACUUCUCUUGAAGAGAAGACGGAACUUGUGUUCUUGAACUUUAUAUUAGUUACGCCCACGCGAUAAUCUAUCGCGAAGCCAAUCGUGAAGGGGAGCGUAUCUGCACGCAAAAAAUAUUUUCCUUUUAAUUUUUUUCACUUGAAAAUUACUAUCCACCGAUCGCAAACAGUUUAAAUACGUUCAAUGUAGGCAUAUGAAAAAUUGUUAUUCCUUUCCUGAUCAUUCUAAAUAUCAUAACAUCAACUUUCAGAAUCAUCGUUAUGUUCAUGGAUAUAAAUGUAAGAAACGAUCUCUACGAGACCAAGGCAAUUAAUAUUACUUGCGUUGUAAAGUUUAUUAAUACGAUAUUGUAACGCAACACAAGUACUGUCGAGCUAAUUGGCCUCGUACUUCCUACGAAGCUUGUUUAGUACGUAGUUUCGAAGGAAGUGUAAUCGAUCUAUCUAACCACCUAUCCCAUCACCCGUAUUUCGGGGGAAGAAUCAUGAUUAUUAUAAGGAAGACGUAUUAAUAUACCGAUAAUUAAUAUCUUCCGUCUAACUUUUGUCUUAUUUUAUAUUAAAUAUAUAUAUUCUUUAAAGGUAUUUGCGUACAUUUAGAAAAUUAAAAACAAUCGAUUUUUUUUAUUUUUGUUAUAUAUAUUUUUAUUCUAUAGCGAUAACCUUUAAGAGUAUUCUAUGAAAAUUUCAUCGGAAAAUUUAAAAGAUUUAAUACUUCAUCAGAAAAUUCAAAAAAUUGACCAAAUUACUUUCAUGUUUUUACAAGAAGAAGAAGAAAAGGAGGAAGGAAAGGAAACUCUUUUUUUCGUUGAAAUAAAAUUCGAGUAAAAUAAUGUCUUAAGAUUCAGGAACAAUAAAUUUUCCUUGACAAUGCAAUACUCGAUUUAACAAAGAAAAAAGAAAAAAAAAAUGAAAAAAAAAAAUAAAGAAAAAAAUAGGGCCAAUAUCUAUCUAUGUUUCACGAUUGUUAGCCUCAGGUAAUGUGAUCGAAGACAACUCGAAUCGUUAUUCUAGCUAAUAGAAAAUCUCGUUAUUAGAAACGAAGGCGAGAUAGAAGGCGCGUUCAAUAGAUGUAGUAAACGUUCGUUUCGUGCUUUAACUACAAAGCUGAAGCUUAACCAGUACUAUUGUAGGGCAACGAUUACACGACCGAUUGACUAACGAACGCCGAUCGACGAGUGAAAGAGAGAAAGAAAGACAGAGAGAAAGAGAUGGAUGGAUAGAUAGAGAGAAGAGAACGAGACUCGGGUAAUAUAAUGAUUGGUCGUCGCGCUGAUUUGGACGCUGUUACAGACUCAAUUACGCGCCUCGGAGCAUGGGCCUCUGAUAUAUUUUCCUCUCCUACCCUCUCUCUCUCUUUCUCUUUCUCUCUCACUCAUUCACUCACUCAUUCACUCUCACUCACUCACUCUCUCUCUCUCUCUCUCUCUUUCUCUCUCUCUCUCUUUCUCUUUGUCUCUCUUUCUCUGACACGCUGGAACUUUGAUCCCUAGCGUGUCGGCGGUCUCGGAAUGAAAUUAAACGGACUAUGCGAGCAAAUAACGAAAAUUAGCGUCCGGUAGCUAACUCGGCCCGAUUUUUGUCGUUAGUUCUUGCUAAAACUUUUCAAAAAAAAAAAAAAAAAAAAAAAAAAAAGAAGAGAAAACAAGGAAAAAAAAACGAAAGAAAAACAAAGCAAAACCUCUUGGAAAAGUACGAAUAAUUCACGAGAUUCCUUACAGAUUUCAUUCUAUUGGAAAAUUCUUUUCUUUUUUUUAUUUAUUUAUUUAUUUAUUUAUUUAUUUAUCUAUUUCUUUUUUUCUUUUAUUUUCUUUCGAUUUUUCUUCUACCUUGUAAGAUUUAAUUUUUAUUGGAUACUCUUGUCGUGUAGAUCGCGGAUCCAUUAAAACGAUUGGAAAUUGUUUCGCGAUGAUCCGAGCAUGUAAUGGCUGGUAUUACGAUGCUAUUACGAAGGAGGAUGAGUACCGAGAGCCUCGCAACCGCAUCGUCUUUCCUUCUUAUCGAAAGGAAAGAUCGCGAAACUCGCUCUUUCCUUAUUUUACGUACAUAUAUAUAUAUAUAUAUAUAUAUAUAUAUAUAUAUAUACAUAUAUAUACAGGACAUAAAUACGUAUUACAAACAAACGAUGGAGAAGAAAUCGUUUGCCAUGUCCUCUUCUAAAGAUCCUGUUUAUUUCGGCUAAAGGCAACCUUUCUAUCCUUUUCCACGACGAUAUCUAUAUUCAACAGCUUUCAUAAAGAAUUAGAUUUGUAUUGUUAUUCCGUCACGUUAUCGAGUUAAUUGGCCGAUGGUGAGUUAGAUAGGUGGACAGACAGAUAGAUUGAUAGGCAGAUAGACAGAUAGUAAGCGGUAUCAAGGGAUCGUUAGGAAUGCGUCUCCUCGCGAAUCGUGUAAUUGGCUUGUCGAUGCACGUAAUUGCUUAGAAUUGCGUGUUACCCUCGACUGACCUACAUUACGUUUGCCAAAGAAUUGAAAGAUUAUUGUAUUACGAAAUCAAAUAAAAAAAGAAGGAGAGAAAUACAAAGAGAAAAAAAUAAAAAAUAAAGAUUAUAAGAUAUAUAAAAGAAUAAUAUAAGAUGUAACGUUCUGGAAAGCGUGACUAAUAAUAUCAAAGAAAGUAAUUUUAUGUCAUCGACAUCAAGAUAAAAGGAAAUCUUUAAUCUAGGAUCUUAUUUAUCGGUUACCACGAAUGUAAUCACCAUUCAUCGUUCAGGUGCGACGUCGUCGAGGCAUAACUUCCGUCUUAACGUGUUCACCUUUUUAGUACGACCUACGUGUUCUUCCUACCACUGUAAAGUAGAUGCUUUUAUAUAAGGACGGUUGUUCUCGACGCUAGGAAAUUCCUAGAGUCCGCGGAGCGUUUAAACGUUCCGAUUAUACACCGUUGAAGGAUUUUCUUCGUACUCGUGCACUGGUGGUAGCAGUAAGAGAAGAGAAGAGAUGGUGGUGAAGGAUGUAAAAGAAAAGAAAAGAAAAAAAAAAAAAGAAAAAAAAAAGAAAAGAAAAGAGAAAAAAAAGAGGAAAAAAAGGAAAAGAAGAAGAAGAAGAAGGAAAAGAAGAUUCACCUCCCGACACCGCCAAGAAAUUCUAACGAUCGAGGUCCUCAGGUUAAUUGCGGCUCCUCGAACGCGUGCGUACACCCGCUCUAGGACUCCCGCGACGUCGAGAAGGGCCGUUAAGGAGGGCCCCGUGGGACCCCUACGUCAUUCUCUUCUUCUCCUUCCUUUCAAUUCUUGCUCUUUCACGUAGGUCUCCACCUUUACCGGGCGUGGGACCGACCAACCACAAAUUUUUCUUCGAACGCACCUAUAGCCUCUUCAAGAUUAGUUUUCAUUUUUCUUUUUUGUUAUCUUUUGCUUUAGGUUCGUAUACUUCACGAACGAAUAAACGUUUUCCCGCCAAAAAUAAAGGUCGACCAUAUCGGGCUCUUCCUUCUGCUCUUGAAUCUUUUUUCUCUUUAUUUUUUGACUUGUUUUUUGUUUUUCCUUUUUUUUUCGUUUUUUUCUCUCUCUCUUUUUUUUUUUUUCAAAUUCGCUCGAAACGAUCUCAAAGAGAAAAAUUUGAUUCCACUUCGAAUCUCUGUCGUUUCAUCGCGAAAAGUCAGGGCAGCUUUCCGCAUGAAUUUAUUUCCGACUAUACGAAUAAAUAAACGAUGCUCCAAUCGAUUCAGGCAAGCUCGAAAAGCGCGACGAGUGGAACCAUAUGAAAGGCGGAUCAUUAAAGUUUUUCGGUCGCUUACACCCGGUAGUAACGCGUGUUCAUCGUAGUCAUCAGGAUCGUGUCUGUCAUAUUUCUCGAUAUAUAGGGUGACCAAUUUUUAAUCCAACCACACGAAUAACAUUCAAAUUCGAAAAAAAAUAUUCACGCGCCAAUUCAUCUACAAGAUAAAUCCCGAAAUAUUCACAAUAUUUCGAACAAAUAACAAACAUUUUUUCCUUUAGACCGAUACUAAGUGCCCCCCAUUUUCACACUUCCAAUCUCCAUCAAAACAUUGCCAUAAAAUGAUUCCAUUCGAGUACUUUUCAUAAUGAUUUGUAAAAAAAAAAAAAAAAAGAAAAAAGAAACAAAAAAAGAAAAUAAAAAAGAACAUUAAAUGGGUAUUAAAAAAUCGCAAGACACCGAUUGGGGAACAGAAGGAUACCAGUUACGUGCCUGAGCGGGAGCGCACGCGAUUGGUUAGAGAGCGGGCGUAGGAGGUUGGAGGGGCAAGGUACAACGUCAUUAGAUAAGACAGUAACAUCGUGUGCCGGGGUUGGGCGAAAGGUGUCGAAACGGUUAGUAGAUUUGUUCGGCGCGAGGGUAGCCGCGUCGCGCCGGUGGCGCUUCGCUGUUGCGUGUGCGCGAGAAAGAGAGAGAGAGAGAGAGAGAGAGAGAGAGAGAAAGCGAAAGAGAGAGAGAGAGAGAGAGAGAGAGAUAGAUAGAGAGAGAGAGUGAGAGAGAAAGAGAUAGUGCGAGGGAGGUUGUGAGUGAAAGAGAGUGAGAGAAGGAGAGAAGGGAACGGGAACGAGGGUAUCGUGGCCUGGCGGAGCCCAGUCGAGUCCCGUGAGUCCGGGCAAGCACGGUGCUCUGUCUCUUUUAUCGUAGGUGGUGUGGUGGUGGUGGUGGUGGUGGUGGUGGUGUGGUACGCGCGCGGUGCUGGUGUAGGCGUCGUCCGGGACAGAGAGAGAGAGAGAGAGAGAAAGACAGAGAGAGAGAGAGAGAGAGAGAGAAAGAGAGAAAGAGAGAGAGAUCGGAGCCGCCAUCCCACGGAGGAAACGAGACGUCGUCGCCGUUUCGAAGACUUUCGGUUCGUCCGUCGUCUAGCGACACGCCUUCUUAUCGUUCUCUCGCAACUGUUCUCUCUCUUGGCGCGCGUGUCCUCCUCUUCGUCGCCGGUUAAAUUAUCGCGACGUAUCAUAUAUUCUUCUUCUCGGAGGAAAAACGAGAAGAAGAUGAAGAAGUAGAAGAGGAAGAAGAGAAAGAGGAAGAGGAAGUGGAAGAAGGAGGGUGAAGGUCUUUGUCGAGGACAAGAGAUAGAGAGAGAGAGAGAGAAAGAUAUAUAUAUAGAAAGAGAGAGAGAGAGAGAGAGAGAGAGAGAGAGUAAAAGAGAGAGAGAGAGAAAGAGAGAAAGAGAUAUAGGAGAGAAAAAGAGGGAAAGUGAAUUUAUGAGAAUGUGAAAAUUGAUGAUAAAUUUGACGAAUAUAGAGACAGACAGAGAGAGAGAGAGAGAGAGAGAGAGAGAGAGGGUGUCAAGAGUGACAGAGUUAGGGAUAAAUAAAGAUAGAGAUAGAAAUAUACAGAGAGAGAAAGAGAGAGAGAGCUAGGGAGAGAUAGGUAAUAUUAGAGUGAAAGAAAGAGAGAUAGAAGAGAGAACCGGCGUGCGUAAGCACGCGUCGAAGAAAGCACAGGGGCGGCCAAGGAAGGCGCGCAAGAGCUCUGCUCUGUUAGUCGGCAGAGGAGGAGGAGGAGGAGGAGUAAGAGGAGGAGGUGGAGGAGGAGGAGGAGGAGGGGUGGCGGGGCCAAAGCUGUCACUUCGAUCGCCAUUUUAGCGUUCGAGGCGGCGAGGAGAGCGCGAGUGCCGGGCAUGCGGUGCCGACGACGGAUCGGAGCGCCCUGCUACCGGACUUAGCCACCGGAUAACACCAAACUUUCCUUUUCUUUCUUUUCUUUCGUCAAGGAAGACAGGACAGAACACAACAAACGAAGAGGAACGAGCCCAGCCGGUACGAAAAAAAGGCAAGGAGAAUCCGGCGAAUGGUGACGGGGGAAUAAAGAAGAUCGCAGGAUCGUCGUAUAAAACGAAACUGUUCCUUUUAUUUUCUCUUGAUCUCUUUCUCGACGAAGAGAAAAGAAGAAACGUGGAG